GGCGACGUGAUCGGCCCUCCCAUCACAUCAUGCAUCUCACUCGGCUCAGCUGGGCCUAGCGGUGGUGCAGCGAAUACGUCAAAGUGUGAGAGAGCGAGCGGGUGGUAUGGUUCACGAAUAGCCCACACACUCCGACAAAUCGCCGUCUCCGCCAAUUACCUUCCACACAACACGUGUCGUCAACUGUCCGCACGCGUCAAGCUAUCGUCAUCGAUCGGGAACGCAAGGAAAUUGGCUGACGCAGACAAAGCUCCUCGCGCACUCAGUGCUACUGAACCCCGUACAUCUCUCUCUGCAUCACCUUGCUCCCGCAGUUAUGCUCGGAAGCCGCAGCAGGUUGCUCUACGCGGCGUCGACCGUUGUCCAACUCUGCUUCUCCUUCGCCUUCUCGCGACUUGCGGGCCGCGCCAACAAUGCCGUCCGCUGUCGGCUCGCCACCCUCUCGGCCAUGGCGACGUCUAUUGCCGCCCUCGCCGCUCUCCUCCAAGCCGGGGACAUCGGUAUUAUCGCAGUCCAUGGGCGUCCGGUUGCCUGGUCUCGCUACGCCGACUAUGCGCUUGCUACCCCAUUGCUCCUCCAUCAGCUCCAGCUUCUGGUAGACAUGGGCAGCGACGACUGCGCACGUGGCAUGCUCUUCCAGGUCCUUAUCAUUUGCGCCGGAAUGGCCGGGGCAAUGAUCGAUGACCUUCCGGUCUCGCUGGCCACCGCUGGCUUUGGCGUUGUUCUCUUUCUCGCCAACGCCGUGUCGCUGCGGUCAGCGUUUACCCGGCUCGAGACCAAGGCCCGAGUGCGGACCUUUGUGGGCCGCUUUGUGACGGCGACUCUGUGCAUCUGGAUGCUCUACCCGAUGUGGUGGCUUGUUGUCCGACUCGAGCUCAUCGCUGACGAGACGUCGGCGGUGUUCAACCUUGCGUUCGACGCGCUGUGCAAGGGCGGCUUUGGUCUCGUCCUCUGGGCCUUUGCCCACCGCAACCGGGACGCCAUCGACCAUCUCUCCACCGUAAUCUCGCAGCCGACGCUGGAUACUACGUCGCUCAUCGAGCUUCAUAGCGGGGCGAAGGCGCCUGCCGAUAACGGUGCGUCUGUCGGGCUGACUGUCGACGUCGGCUUGCGGACGAUGUCAGAGUCGUCGUCGUCGUCGUCGUCAUCAUCGUCAUCAUCGUCGUUGCUCAUUUCGCAAUCUGACUCUGAUGAUGAUGCGACCGGAAAGGUAGUUACGGCCAAGCGAGUCUUGCGUCGGAAACGCCGAGAGAAGAACAGGUCACGGGCGAUGUCGCGGACGUCAGCGCGUGUGGCGCCGGCGCGGUCGCCAUCGCUGCCGCACAUCAUGGGCGUUUAAUAGCCGCGAGUAGCCUCAUGCCCUCGGACGAGCGGCGCGGGCACAGCCGACCACACGCCCGGCCCAGAGGGCAGCAGAGAUCGGCGUCUGAGCCUCGAGCUCGAUCAGAUCAACACGCGCCGGGUUCUCCGGGGCGGUGGCAAGAAUGUGGAGGCUGGUACCGGAAGCCUCGGCGCGAACUAUGCGGUCGAGCGGGAGCUCCCAGUUCGGCGAGUCGUCUUCGAUCGGCGCGGAGGCAGUAGCUUGGCUGCCAUCACCAGCCUGAUUGCAAGGAUAAAGCUGCAGAGCAUUCGG